GAGUAAUUACUGAUUUCUUAGUCAAGUAUGUCUUUUGGUGGAGUUAUAUGGUCAUGUUCUGUUUUUUUCCACUUCCAAGUUUUGUCUUGGUGUGACUCUAGUUGUGGUUAUGCAUGAUACAUUGUUGUGUGUUUUAAUUAUAUUUACUAUCUGGAUAUGCUGCUUGCUGCUGAAAUUUCGUAUGCAUCUCUUUCGAAGAUUGCUACUGUUGUUUUGGAUUGGUGAGUAAUAAGAGACGAUGAAGUAAGGGAUAAUGUUUUCUGAAUGGUUCUAGUUGCUUUGGUAAGGUUCAGGGAUCUUUCCUUUAUUUUGCAGUAUAUGCUGGAUUCGUUUGAUUUGUAACCACCCACUCUAGCUGACCAUCGGUAUUUGAAUAAGUAGUUGCUGGUGGGGUUUUAUGUCUACCUUUCUGCAUUAUUUCAUCAUCUGUUACUCGCAUGAAUGCUACAAACCUGAUCAGCCAUUUGAACCAGACAAACACUAUCACGACUUAGCUACGAGACGGAAAUCAGAUACCAAUCAAGACCAUCAACUAAGUAAACAUCUUUAAGAAACACAAGGAAAAAGCACAUACGAGAACAACCAUGCUUAGUAUAAGUGGUGAAACGUCCAUCAUGGAGUUUAUUCAUAACAGGAACCAUACCAGUAACAUCUACCAGAAAUCCAAGUGUUCUCCAGAAUCAAUAAUCCAAGACUCAGAAAAAUACUUACCAGAGAGAUGGUCAUUCAGUUCAGGUUUGCCUUCAUAUAACAUGUGUACUGUACUAGUUUCUUCCACUGUUCGUCACUCAGGCCACUAACACCGAUCCUAUCAGCUUGAGUCAGUGGAGGAACACAGAGCAGACACUGCCAAACCUGGCGCAGAAACAGAGUUACUCACAACAUGAUGUGCUCGAGCAGGUCAUGCAGAGGUAGUGAGAUUCCGUCGUCCUGCACUUGUGAUUUUGUUGCACCAGGACAAGUGUUAUAAUGCAUCUAUGUGUCUAAUUAUACUUUUAAUUUAUUAAGUUUGCAUAUGUAUUAUUCGUAUUUUAACUAAAAAAUUUCAUAUUUACAUAAGUAUGUAAAUCUUGAUUAAGAAAAUUUCCAAAACCCUAUGUUUUCCGUUUUUACAAUACAAUUCUCUUUUGAAGUCUUUGAUUUUAGAAAAUUUCCAUAAUCAUCAUUCUCCUCUACUCCUCCAAAGCUUCUCAGUCUCUAUAUAAAUCAGCGUGUCAUAGUUAUAUUACUUCAAAAACUACACAAAGUUCAAUAAGAUUUAAGAAGUUAGCUGACUUAAGGAUCCAAACAAUGAGGAAGCUGGAAGAAGGCGCAACGCAAAGCGUAAGUUAUGAAGACAUCCAAGAAAAACGAAUUAGAAAAAUAUUAUGGGGCUUUGUUGCCGCAGUGCUUUUACUAUCAAUUGGGCUUAUCGUCUUCUUCACCCUUAUCAAACCGCCAGUUCCACUGUUCAUGCUUGACGACCUCUCCGUUGAUCCCGUCUCAAACUCAAGUUUGGUGGUGACUCUGUCAUCGACCAACCCAAGCUCUACGACCAACAUAUACUACAGCAAGAUGAGUGUAGGCGUACAGAUCAAAGGAAUUUUCCAGUCAGAGCCUGUUUUCUUGCAGAGCACGCUACAAACCACACAUGAACGUACCCCGUGGACAGUAAUCGUGGCAAUGAAUAAGACUAAUGGGAGCUUGGGGAUCAGCGACGGUUUGAUGAAAGACGGCGAAAUUGUUGCGCAUGUAAAUACUCUAGGCAAAUAUGGGAUCUUGAAGAAGAGUUUACUCUAUACCUGUCCUAUUUUGAACGACUUGAAAACUUCCAAACCUUGUCAAGUCACUUAGAAUCUAUGUCAACGUUUUCUUUUGCGGAUUUACUAAAAUAUAAAACGUGUAUUUGCAUGG